AUGAAGAGUAUGAGGGACCUGAGUACCCCUUCUGCAAGCGUUUUAUAUAUGACUGACGUGAGCCCGAUGCGAAGCAGCGAGCAUGGCAAUCAUCCGACAAGCUCGAUGGCCAGGUGUAACAGCGGGCAUCAGCAGAAACGGCAACAUUCGAACUCGCACGAUCGAUGUGAUGCAAGAGGGAUGACAGACAAUAAGCGGCGAAUUGCAGAGGCAGAUCGUAUUUAUAGCACAGGGGUAGAAGCUUCAUCUUCUUCCCCCUUUCUCGAUGGUGUGACUCCACCUUUGCCGGACCACGCGUUCUCACCAGAGUAUGCUCCGACGACAUGGUCGCGGAAUAAAAGAGCAGCAGCUCACGUCGCUGAAAACAAUAGCAUUCAACAACAACAGGAGGCACAAAAAACUCCCGAUCCACCAGAGUCUUCACUUCCCGCCAAUUGCGCGUCCUCGCCGUCAAAUGAUAACCACAACGAGCAACAUCAAGACCAGGAGGAGUCACAGGACAUGCAGCAGAGCUAUUCGCCCGACAAAGAUGAUGGCGAAAAAUCGAGCGAGAAAAGCGAUGGUAAUGAGAAAGGAGGCAAAGAACCUGAUGAAAACGAUAACUCUCAAACUUCAAACAUAUCCGGUAAGCAGACGAGUCAGGCACUCGUUCAAAAGUUACAAGACAUUUACAGAAACAUUGUGAAACAAGAAGUGAUACUUCAAGAGCGGUGUUCGCAAUUGACAACCUCUCAAACGACAGAACUGAAAAAUCUAUGGAUGAUUUACAAGGUCAACGCCGAUUUAAUAAACAAUUACGUUGCAUUCAUAACAACAGCACUGCUGCCUUCGCAGCCAGAACAUGAUUUGUUGAUGGGCCAAGAAAUCGUUGAAAUUUAUCGAAUUGAGAGACGUCUUUGGGUAUACGGGACCAUUACAUUCUUAGAUGUGCUCAAAAAUUUCUCUGAUUUUAUGGAUCCAGAGGUGUGUUGUCAAUUUAUCACACAUGUGUUUGUUUCUAUUUCUAACAUGUUGGGUGAUAUGUCUCCAAAAUAUGCGACACCUUGGCUAGAGCGAUUAGGCGACUUAUCGCGAAUGGCAAUAGCACUUUAUCCAUCAGGUUUCAUUGAUUGGAAACUCAGCGCCGAGUACUGGUAUACUCAAGCAAUGACGCAUAUUUAUGGGCAUGGAAAACUAUACUAUCACAUGUCAACAGUACAACAAAAUACGUUGGAAGCCUUCGUGAACCUUGGGAAAAGUGUGUUCUGUCAGGAUACCUUCAUCCCAUCCCAACAGUAUAUGCAGUUGGUCAUUGAUAACAUAUAUCAAAGAGCUUUUGCAGAGCGCAGCUGUGGAAACAACCGCAAUUCGCUUAUAGUCGAGUACUUGAAACACAGUGAGGUCAUGCUACUCUCUAGUUUUUUGGAAAGUCCGGAGCUUCAAAAAGUCGUCCUUACAUUCUUUGAGGAAAAGUUUGGACAACUCUCAAAUGGAUCCAAUUUCUUUGAACAUCAAGACAUGUUUAUACAGGAUGGGGAAAAAAUCAAAUACUAUUUCCAACAUGCCCCUGCUUUCGCAGAAUCGCAUAUUUUACAGUUAUGCGGCUUUGGUGAGCCAAAGAAUCCCUUUGCACUUCUUUUUGAACUCCCUAAAUAUCUAAAGGAAAGAAAAGAACGUAAAGAACGGAGGAAAUCCAAAGCAUCUAAUUCACUUACGUCGAGUGGCACUUUACCUCCAACUUCUCCAGCGGAUUUUUUACAAAAUGUGGAUUCACCAAGAUAUACCUAUGUGUUUCCUGAAACGCUUGCUAUUUGGGAGGAGUCUAUUUCUCAUGUCAAUUUGACGUCUAUGCAAUGCAGCAUAUCCGUCAUGAAAAAAUUUAUGAGUGGGCCGCUAGUGGUUGCUGUUCCCCAUAUGCUGCCGUGGGCUUAUUUCCUUUUAUCCUUGGCUCUUAAAAUAUCUGAAGUAACUGACCUAAAGAUACGGUCCUUUUGGUUAUCAUUUGUAAGGCGGGUUUUUCCAUGGAACAGUUUGGUCAAUUUCAUCAACACAUUAAUGGCCGUAGUUUUAGACAAUGACUCAAGAAUCACGCCUAUAGACACGCUCUGUGAUCAGUUUGACAGUGUGAAUAUCUACACUUUGAUUGAUCAUUUUGCCAAAAAUGAAGAUCUUCCUGAAGUUUGGAAGUGUUGGGGCUCCCUCUGGUUUGAUGUUAUCGCUGACAAAUCUAAAGUUGAUGGAGAUGGAACGAUGUCCAGUGUUGGUGUCAAAGACCAUAUGUUUCUAGACAGCCCUGUCGAUGGCAUUUGUUUCGACGAGGACGAUGAAAUUGGUGUAAAAUUUUGGAAACGCGCUUGUCGCUUGAUUUUUAUUUUCAAGGGCCUUGCUCGUGAAUUUCCAUUUUUCGGGCUGGUUUUGGCUCCUAAAGCCCUUUCGGUAAGACGGCAAAUAUCACCAGAUCAUCCUCUUCAGCGAUUUUGUUUCAAGUUCCUGGAAGGCGAAGACAAUACCAGGGAAUAUGAGUCCCUCAGCAAUCUCAUCCUGUUGUCAGAACCAAUAAGCGAAUGUAAUAAAGACUUUGACGCUCUCCCUGAAGAAAGCAUGAUCAAAGGUCAAAGUGUUUUUGAUUUUCAAGGCUAUAGAAGGUUACAGUCAGAUUACACGUGCUACAACAAGAAUGGUGAUAUGAUCACUUGUUCGUUGUAUACCUCCGGACCGCUUGAGCGAAGUGCAAUUCAAGGAGGUGAUGACUUCAAUUCAGACUUCACUACAAUACGGGAAGGUAUUUUCGAACCUGAAGAAGAACCUAAUCAAUUACAAGCAAUGGAGAGAGAAUGGCUGGACACUUGUAUGGAUCCUGAAUUCAUUAUACAAACCUAUGACGUUAAGUUUCCUUUCGGUGAUCUUUCGUGCUACUGCGACAGCGCUGUGACUUAUUUUGUCCUUGAUGCAACCUCUUGGUUGCGGCACUUCGCUCAUGUUUACAAAUUGGCCAAACAUGGGGUAUUAAAAUUUGCCAUAUGCUUGACAACUUUUCAAGAAUUACGAUUUUUGAGAAAAUCUAAGGAUGAGAGCGUCGUCGAGGCUGCUACUCGUGCUGUGAUUACUGUGAGGCAAUUGUAUAGCGAGAAGAAGCUUUUGCCCCUCCGUUUCACAGGAAACAUCGCCACCCACCUGGAGGAGCAUUUGGAAUUUGAAGAGCAAAUCACAUGGAGAUCUCAUGUUGAUGAGUUUGUCAUAGAAGCGGUUAACAAAGCUCAGACUAAAUUCGAGUCCUUAAACACCCAAGCCGAAAAUGAGGGUCGCGAUUACAUUACCUCCCACCCUAAUAAUCCAUUCCAUUUCGUCGCACUUGUGACAGACGAUACGAAUAUGAGAGUGAAAGCUCAUUCUCAAAGAAUUCAAACUUCCAGCAGUCGGUUUCUUUUUGCCGUGUCCAAUCAAAUUGGACUAGCACACCACGCAUGCACCAAUUAG